UGACUUAAGAUUCAGCGGUUGGUUUAAGAUAGCUCCAACUUUCAGAACUGAAAAAAGUUCAGCAGUAAUGGUGUGAUGGACAUCUCACAUGUAAUCAACAUUCUGAGGAUGGGUUGUAUUUGUGGAAAAGAAACCAUUCGUGUUGAUGGAAGACAAUUCCAAAUCAAAACGAGACUAGGUGAAGGUGGGUUCAGUUACAUUGAUUUGGUGGAAGAUGUGAGGACACAUCGGCUUUAUGCCCUUAAGCGCAUCAACUGCCAUUCUCAGGAAGACGAAUGUAUAGCUCAGAGAGAGGUGGAAGUUCAUAGAGCAUUUCCAGGCCAUGACAAUAUACUGCAGUGCGAGGAGUCGGCGUUGUACCUAGUGAGGAAUCCGGCAAAGAGUCUUAUCAGUGAAAUGCUUCUAGUUCUCCCCUAUUACAGAAGAGGAACGCUAGCCGACGAAUUAUUGAUGCGAGGCAAAUCGCGAGACUACAUGGGAGAGGACCGAAUUCUACGACUUCUGCGUGGCAUAUGUGAAGCUGUAAAGGCCAUGCACCAUCACAGGCCUGCUGGUUUCACACACAGAGACAUCAAGGCGGCCAACGUUUUGCUUUCCGACGAUGACAUUCCUAUACUGAUGGACUUGGGCUCAGCUGGCCCUUUACAAGUAGAAGUUAAAACCGCAUCUGAUGCACUUCAACUACAGGAUGAGGCAGCCGAGAGAUGUUCCAUGCCCUACAGGGCUCCAGAGCUCUUCCAUGUGGAGAAACAGACAAUAAUUGAUGAACGAAUAGAUGUCUGGUCUUUAGGUUGUCUUCUAUAUGCAAUGGCAUUCUUCAAGUCACCAUACGAGGAAGUAUAUGAGAAAGGGGGAAGUAUAGCACUAGCUGUUGUUGCAGGGAAAAUCUCAUUCCCUGAAGACCACCCGUACUCCCAAGGUCUUCUUGACCUUAUCCAGGAUCUGAUGAGGGUGAAUCCCACGGAGCGACCAUUCAUAGACAAUGUCCUGCAGCAGGUGGAUGCAUUGCAGAGCGUGACACAGCAGACGACGCAGCUGCCGCAGUCAACAGAUGACUUAUCCGUAGAGAUCGUCGAUCCCUUACUGUGAUUGGUCAUAAGUAUUGCUACGGCAUGUGUCUAUUUUCAAAAUGACGGCAGCAUGAACGCUUGCUGGUAUUCAUGGUAACUAUGAUGAGAUUAUAUGUAAGUGAAGUAAAGUGGUAUUACAACACAUAUUGGUGUCCAGAUUUUCUAGAGAAAGAAGCAACGAGCUUGAUUGGAAAAAAAUCAUUAAGGGGAUUAAAGGGUAUAUCAGGGUAAAAGUGUGCAUUCCCGUAUUGUAUUUUGGUAGAGGUUAUGGAAAAGGUGGUAAUGGCAAACACAUUCGUUUAGCAGACGUGGCACAUGUGUGUUUCACUCAACAGGUAAACGAAAUUAAACAGGUAAACAGAUUUUCGCAGCUGAGCAUGUAUUAAAUAUCUACUAUACCUGUGUAACAAUCCCAUGGAAUAUGAAUUAUUUGGAGGUGACUGUGAACGUAUCUAUAUAACAGAGUAUUCUAUAGGUGUGUGUAUUGUAUUACUUGCCAUGGUGUUUUCUCUGCUUCUCCAUUAAUUCUCUUCUUCAUUAAUCCCUGCUCACUAAAUGCAGGCAGCAACAGCUUUGUUGAAGAGUGGUCCCAUCUUUCAUCAUCAGGUUAUAUGAUUCUAGCUAUGUAAAGUUAUACUAUAUUGAAACAUACUGAUUGAUACACAGCAAGUAUUGCAUAAUGUGUUUGAAGGUCUAAGUGGCUAAACAAAUCGGAUGUCGAUGUCAGUAUUACUAUUAUACAAUAAGCUGCUUUAAACAUUUCUGCGUUUUAUUUUCACUGUUUGUGAUUGCAUUCAUUUUUUUAUAAAAUGCCUAUGAAUUUUAUUUGGUAUUGCAUUGAGUAUAUUUACGAUUUCAUAUUUAAACAUUCCAUCUAUAUUUCACGAGCAUUUGCAUGCAGUAUGUGUGUACUAUUGGCUAAUGUCAAUAUUAGAUCACAGUUUGACAAUUACCAAGACAUGACCAGGGUUUCUUCAUUAAAGUACUUGAGUAUUUAUUGAUAAAACCAUUAUUGCCAACUAGGUGAAAAUCCGUUUCCAUUAAAAGUAUUUAUAUGAUAUGAUAUGAUAUGAUAUGAUAUGAUAUGAUAUGAUAUGAUAUGAUAUGAUAUGGGCGGAAAAUACUGAUUAUAUAUUGUCAAGUGAAUCUUGUUUUGGCAGCUAGCAGGCCUAAUAUGUUACUGUCAUCUUA